CAUUCUUCGAAACGAUCAAACCCCAGUAGCAAGUUGAAUCUUACUUUACAGGGGUUCUAGCUACCGUAUCUGCGCUCAUUUAUAUACCUACGUUUUUAUUUUUAUACGAUGGUGAAGUUUUCAUUUUAAUUUGCUAUAAAAACCAUAUUAUACUCGGUAUUUUAUGACGAUUUUAAUCCGAUGCUCUCCGGUCUCCGGCGGAUUCUUAGUUCGCCGAAUUUUCUACAGAGUUCGAUACCAUUGGAAAGUGUGCACUAUGUUUCAACCUUAACUCAUUACGCACGACUGUUUCGGCCUCUAUUUUUCCUGUAUACAACAGAGAUAUAUUAUUCUUCGUGUUUAUAUCGCUUGUUGCUGACUUCCAAAAGGUUCCACAAGUAUUUUAUUUCCCGCGUAAAAUAUCUCUGUACUUUGGUUCCUGUGCUGUCGAAUUUGGCCCAGGCGAAUAUGUCAAUCAGUGAUUUCCGAAGGAAAAAACUCAAAUAUGUUUUCAACGUAUUUUUUGACGUAAAUCACAGUGGAAACAUUGACAGGAAAGAUUUCGAAAUAGCGAUUCAGCAAGUAUGCACGAUGCGAGGAUGGAACGAAAGCAGUUCGAAUUUCAAACAAAUCAAAGAUAGAAUGAUGGCUAUAUGGGAUGGUUUACAGCAAUCCGCCGACGACGAUCAAGACGGUCAGAUUAGUUUAGACGAAUGGUGCUCCAUGUGGGAAGCUUUCGCUCGUAAUCCGGAAAACGCUUCUGAAUGGCAGAACUCUUACAUGGAUCUUAUGUUCGACAUAAUAGAUACAUCUGGAGACGGUUGUAUCGACGAGAACGAAUUCUGCGCUGUUUGUGAUCAUUACGGAAUAUCUCGCCAAGAAUCUUCAGCCGCUUACAAAAAAUUCUCCAACAGCGGAGCUGUAAAUGUGACCAGACCCGUAUUCCAUAGCUAUUGGAGAGAAUACUUUUCAUCAGACGAUGAAAACGCACCGGGAAACUUUAUUUUCGGCAAAAUAUCGUUCGAUUGAAUUCAAACUACCUGGCUGCUUCAUUCCGCAUAUUCAUUUAGUCCGCUUCCUCCUUUAUUCGCUAAAGAAAAAAAAAAGUUACGUAGAUUUAGAAACUCUCUAUGGUGUGUGUGUUUUUAUUUAUUUAUUUUUUUGUUCUUAUAAAUACUAUUUUUGAUUUUCUCGUAUAUAUCGAUACAACGAUCAACAUCAUCCUCCCUUUUAUAUACUUCACCUUCCCUAUCCUGAUUCCUGAUUCGAUCGACCUCGUCAUGUCAAAGUACAUAAAAUUUACCAAAAAAAAAAAUUCGUUAAAACGACCGACAUGUCGAAUUCGAUCAUCGGCAGUCAUCGUGUCCUAAUCGAGUAAAUAGAGCGUAAAAAGCUGACGUAGUUAUUGUUAUCAGCUUCCGUCGCUUAAUACAAUUGUCCAUCUCACAGUAUUCAAAAACUCUUACGUAUGACGAAGGUGUGUAUCCGUUAACCAUGAAAAUUUCCUAUACACGCGAAUUUUUCGCCGUCGACGUGAAAAAUAAAAACCUCGUAAGCUGCUUAUAACCUUCGUAUAGUAUAUAGUUGCAUAGAUCCGCCAAAAUAUAAGCUCGUCAAUCGCACCUCGGCUCUCGUAUUGGUUGCAGACUGCGCGCCUUAAAAUAUUUAAUCUGAUUUUGAAGCCAAAAAUCGUCGAAAAGCUGCCCCUCUGGUCGUCUGCGUUUGUUCGUCGACCCUCCGUAGAUGGAGUUUAUGUAUAAAAGAGAGAAAAUAAAAGGCCGCCUUUAUCGCGAUUAAUAAAAAAUAUUUAUCCUGCGGACCCUUUUUUGUACAUAUAGAGUUUAACUCUACUCUACGAGUAUUUUUCAUGUCGUAAUUCAUACGCCUGGUUUAAUUAACUUCUAAACCAGCAGCAGCUAAUUUCGCUACAAAUAUCAAUAAACGAAUUCGAUGAAUUACGUAAAUUGUACCCUUAUCGUUUCUCCUUCGCUACGCCUGAGCUAUUCGUCGCCUCUCUCAUAAUACACCCUGAGAACCGAAUGAACGAAUGAACGAGUAGCUACAAAAGUAUUUUCUUUCAAAUGUCAUUUAUUGGUUUUGCGGUGGGUGACGUAGACUUUAAAGUCGACGUUUGUUUUUAAUAAAAACCUUAACAUCUUUCUCCUCGCUGAGCCUCUUCCUCCUUCUUAUUUGUAUACAUAAGGUAAAUUUCUUAGCGAGUUGGCAGAUUUUAAACUUUUCAAAGUUUAUGAAUUUUUUACAGAGUAAAUUAAACAAUAAGUUUGAAAUACUCGUAUACGAAACUUGUCUUUCGCUUCUGCUCAAAAGUGGCAUACUCGAAUACCUCAUACCUCAUACCCUUACUUACUUAUGACGAUAUGCUAACGCUUUACAUUACGAUUUUAUCAACCUACCAUUUGAAAAACGAGCACACAGUCAAACAAACCAACAACUCUUCCACUUACUCGAAUUCGUAUUGCCUAUACGUAUAUCUCGUAUGCUGUAACUUUGCUCAUCCUCGUACGAUAUGCUCGUCAAAUGUCGAACAUUCGAGUAUAGCAUCGCAUCACCCAUCGUUGUUGAGGCGCCGUGACGAGAUUUUUCUUAGAAUAUUUUUACAUUUUUUAACGAUCUUUCUUCGUUGCUGCUGCUGUUGUUGUUGUUAUUUUUCGGUUCAACUUUUAGUUUAUUUAUUUAGUUGAUUUGUAAGAGUUGAGAUGGACGAGGAAACAGACGAGAGGGAAUUGAAAAAGCUCCCUGGUUAUUCGACGCGAAUAUUGCUGAAGGAAAAUUAACGAAGGAGUGAAAAAAAAUGUGAAAAUUGGUCGAAUGUUUAUUGCAAUUUUUGUAACUCAGAACGUAUUGUUCUUCAUUUAUUGCGAAUGAUUAAUUUCGAAGGUCAAUGACCUCUUCAGUACUGAUUUUUUGGAAAAUGUUGAGUUCAAAAUCCAAAUAAAGCUACAUUAAAAAAAAACAUGAAAAAAUAAAUUAUGGAGGAUUUUCAAGAAUCAAAUAUGGUCUCAAGAUGAGGGGAAAAAUUUUUACAUGUUUGAGUAAGAACUGUGAAAAUUGGACAUAAUUUUACAUUCACCUACUCCUUUCACUCCCCAAAAAUUGAUUCGGUAGAAUUUCGGAUGGUCUGAUGGGGGGGGGGGCUUCAAUUAUUUUCACAAUGUCUCGAGGUAUACCCAACUUCAGCACCGCAUGCCUCCAAAGCUAUGACACUUUGAUAAAAACUGAUUUCACAGUUCAAAAGGGCAUUGCAUUUUGAACUUUUUACAUGUUUUGAAAUUUUCAAAAGUUGAAAGUUAAACUUUCAAAUUGAAAGUCUAAUUUCAAAAUGGUGCUGUAAGUGGGAGCUACCAUUUAAAAUUCUGAAAAAAUUUCCAUUGACGUACCUUUUGAUUCUUUUUUGAAAUAUUCAAUUUUCGAGACGGGAUCUUUUAAUGAAGGGGGAGCACCCCCUCCUCCAAAUUUGAGCAAAACUUUCGAAAAAAAUCUGGGGCAUGUGACAUAUUGAAUUGUAUGUUUUUGGUGACGCUGAACACCAAUAUGACGUCAGAUUUUUGAUUGGACUCCAUGCAUGGCCCCAGCACCUCCCCAAAGGGGGUAAAAGCCAAAAAAAUGGUUUCAUUUGUGUGACACAUGAAAUAGUAUGUUUUUGGUAACGCUGAACACGAAUAUGACGUCAGAUUUUUGAUUGGGCCUCAUAUACGGAAAUAAUUACCUAUUUGAUGGACUUUUACCUAUUUGGGGAGGUUCUAGGGGCCAUGGGUGAGGUCAAUUUGAAAAACUAAUGCCAUAUUCGUGUUCAGCGAUAUCGAAAACAUACUAUUUUAUGUGUCACACGAAUGAAACCAUUUUUUAAAAAUUUCUACCCCCUGUGGGGAAGUGUUGGGGGCCGUAAAUGGGGUCCAAUCAAAAAUCUGACGUCAUAUUUGUGUUCAGCGUCACAAAAAACAUGCAAUUCGAUAUAUCACAUGCCCCAGGGUUUUUUUGAAUGUUUUGCCCAAAUUUGGGGGAGGAGGUGCUCCCCUUUCCAUUAAAAGAUCCCAUUUCGAAAAUUAAAUAUUUCGAAAUGACUGCAAUAACUUUGGUUCUCAAAUGCAAUUUUUAAACGUGUUGUAUUUGUUCAUGAUGUAGGCUGAGUUGGAAUUAAUGUGAAAAAACUGAGAAUUUUCUUCAAAAAUGUCCUUUUUUGAAGGUCAGUGUUUCUCUUCCUGGGACACUCGUCAGGUUAAAUUUUUUCUGAGUGACUUUCAACUUGAAAUAGAGGUCUCUAUCAAAUUUGAUUAAAAUUUUUCUACUUUUUUUGCAAUCCACUCUUAGUCUUAUUAUACAGGGUGGUUCAAAUGUGCAUACUUGCUCAGAGGACUCUGAAAAAAUAUAUCAUUUGAAGAAGUUGAGCUUCGUAAUGUUUGGUCGAAACGUCUCGUGCAAAUAUGAAGCUUCCUAAAAACAGAUUAUUCACAUUUUUUAGAUAAAAAAUUUCAUUUUUCCUUUUCACUUUUUUUUUUUUUUGUAGAGCUGUCGAGGAGAUUUAAACUCUCAUGGAAAAAAUGAACGAAUGCAAAAUUGUAGAGCGUGAAAUUCCCUUUUGAAAAAGUGGUAAUUUAUUUUAGACCGAUUAAACGAAAAAAAAGUUUGAUAUUUUUAAAAAUUCUUGAAAAUAAAAAAAUCAAUUUUUUGAAAAAAAAUACUUAGGAGGUUCUAUUUUUUUUUUUUUUUUUUUUUUUGUAGAGCUCUUGGAUUUUUUUUUGAACAUAGAUUUUUUAUUCUUGAAAAAAAUAUUGAAAAUAAUUGUCAAUGUUUCAUGACAAAAAAAUCAGUUUUCAGGGAAAAUCAGACGGGAAAAUUUCAAUUUUUUUCAAUUUUUCCAUUACGAAGAAAACAUUUUUGAAAAAAAAGGUUCCUAGUUUCAUUUUUGUAGAAAAGCUUUUGGAUUUUUUUUCAACACAAAAAUGUUGGAUUUUGAGAUCAGUAGAUUGAGAAUCAUCACUUUUUGCCUCUCUUUCUCUUCAUUCUCUACAAUGGCGAUAGAUCCUUCGCCAUUUUGGUCGAAAGUUUCACUACAUAAGUACAGUUGAAUCGAUUAUUAAAAUUAUAUCCAAUGUUUUCACUCAACGAGCUCAUUUUUUUCACCAUCUUUCAACAUAGGUAUAUACUUCAAAAAUAGCUUUUACAUUAACUUGUAAACAAAUGGCUAGGUAUGUAUAGGUAUUUUUGAUUAUUGAAAAGUGCCAAAGUGUUGUCGUCAUACUACUGCAUACCAACAUAUACAUUACAUCCGUAUAUAGCCAAGCCGAACCAAACGCGAUAUAAUAAUGAAAUAUUGACAUAUCGAUGAUAGAUGUUCGCAAUACCAAUAGACACACAGACUGAACUAAGGGAAUACGCGAGCAUAAUAUGAGAAGAGGUAUCAGCAAUGAAAUAUACACAAUACACACUAUAUGCGUACUACGUAUCAUACUCAACUCAUAUAUUUUUAAAUUUCUCCUUUCACUAUCACCAGGGUAAUUUGGCGAAUUUCAAGAUACUCGUACGCGAUGGUAUUGUUUGUCCUGAAACAUGAAGGAUUAUUUACGAAUUUAUGAAAAUGAGUAGGAUUUUGAUACUCGAACUAUGCAGUAGGUAUACUUACACGUAGUUAUACAUAUACCCAUACCUACCUAUAUAGUGAAUACAUAUAACUCACAGCAAACACAAUUUCGGUAAUUGCGCGAGACACGGCGAAGCCGAAAUCAUAAAAGUAGAAUGAACAAUCGCUCUUCGGGGAUUAUAUUUACGAUGCUGGCAACUUUCUUUUACCCCAUCGAGUCGAAUAUCGCUGUAUUUAAAUUAAUCAAAAGACGAAUAUAUUUUUAUAAAAAUACGUUUCGUUUUAUCGUCGUUCCCAUAUCGAGAAACGAAAACGUAGAAAUUUUUUGUUUCUUGUUUUUUUAUUACAUAUGUAUACCUACUUAGUGGAUAUUCAUCUUCAUCGGUUCGAUACCUUUACAAUAAUGUAUCUACAAUAUAUAUUCGCUGGCGAUAAAAUACUAUACUCUGAAUUUGUCGAUCGUUGUACAUUUUUAUCCCUACGUUGUACGAGUAUAAGACGCGCAAUAAAGUUGGAUGUUUUUAAUUGUUGCAAAUUUAAUUUACGGUAGCGUUUUUUCUAAAUCAAUUAAAAUAGCGAGUAAUAACUAAGUUUCGUGAAAUGUUUCGCAGAACGUUACUACGUGACUCAAGUUUUGAAUAUCAUUCGUAGUUUCUUCAUCGUAGCUUAUAGCGAAUUGUUUGGAUGGAAAUUUACUCUGGAGGAUUACUUUUUUCUCUCUUUCUGUUUUACUUUUCGAGACUAUUAAUAUUUUAUUUAGAUACCCGAACGAUAUAUUUUUUUAACGAAAAGUUAAUAAAAAGUAGGUGCGGGGGAACGUUCUUCAGCAAGUUUUAAUUUUUUUGGGAGAGGAGAUGAAUUUUUAAUUUUUUUUGCAGCAAGUGUUUGAGAAAAAUUUAGCGAAAUGAGUCUUUUCGAUCACGGUCUCAUCAACCUUUGGAAAUAAACAACCCAAACUACUCAAGAGUAAGUUGAAUUGCGUUCCUAAAAACUGAAGGGGCUAAAUUAAUGACCAUUGUGACUAUUUCAUUUUGAUUUUUCUGUGUUGCAUUUUUCAAUAACAUUAAAGUAAAGACAAAGUAGGAUAUGACUGCCAUGUUACAGAAUUUUAAAGUCACCCUAAAAAAAAGGUUCUUAUUCUUAAUUUAGGCCCAUCUUCAAAAUUUAAAGAGCUACGAUUUAUUAAAUUUUCAAAAUUAUUGGUUCUUUGAGUUCCAGACAUUUAAUUUUGAGUUCCAGCAAACAAUGGAUCUAUUUUGUAGAUAUAUUUCAAUGUUCUGUAAAAAAUAUGGUGCUCAAGAGCACUUUGAAAAUUAUAAUCAAUCGUAGCUUUUUCAAUUUUCAAGAUAGACUAAAAUCAAAAAGAACCCUUUGUAUGCUCUUUUCAAAAUUCAUUCGAGGACAAACGAAAAUACAUCACCAACCAAAUUUCAAGUGCUGAAAUUCAUUUUAUGAUUUUUGGUGAAUUUUCAAAAAUCAAAGGGCCAAAAAAACGAAAAAAAAAAUCAAAAUUUUUACCUAUAAAAGCUAAAAAGCUGGAAUUUGCCUUAUACUUUAUUUUUGAUCUUCCGAAGCAAUUUUAAGUCGUUUUGAGCAGUUCUGGAGCCUCCAGCAAAUUUUUGAAAUUCACAAUUUUUGCAAAAGUUACACCCAUGACCGAAUCAAAGUAAGAAAGCUGAAAUUUGACACAUAUACCACACCUUUCAACUUCACAGAUUAACUGAAGGAUACUGAGAGUGGUUCUGGAGCCUCCAGCGUCAUUUUAUAGAUUCCAAUUGUUCAAAAAAUCCCAUAAAAUUUGUGAAAAUGAACUGGUCAAAAUAAACUUGGAUUAAAGACCUUCAAUAUGCAUCAAAUACGUUUAUUGAUGCUGAAGUUCAUUUUGAUAAACUAUGAUUUUUUUGUUGAGAAACUGGAUUUUUUCAAAAUGUAGCUGGAGGCCCCAGAACGACCUUAAACUUCUUUCAGUCAAUCUACAAGGCUAGAAAUGUGGUAUAAACCGGUUUUUAGCUCUAAUUGGGCGCAAUUUUGUAGAAAUUGUGAUUUUCAAAAUUUUUCUGGAGGCUCCAGGACUGUUCAAAAUGGCGUGGAAUCAUUUCCAAUCGAUUUGGAAGUUCAAAAAUAUAAAUUAAAUCUCAGCUUAAUAGCGCAAUUAGGUAGAUUCUGACUUUUUUUGCCCUUUGAUUUUUGAAAAUUCAUCAAAAAUCAAAAAAUUAACUUCAACUCGUGAAAUUCUGGCUGUGGAAAUAUUUUUGUUUACCUAAUUUUUUAAUCUUGCGUUAUUUGGGUCUGAAAUUUUUAUUCCAGUUCAGAUAAUUUUCUUGCAAGAAAAUUCUCAAAAUAAAUUAACAUUUUUCCACGAGAAAAUUUUACUAAAUUUUUAAUUUAGGUAGAUUUUUGAUGGUGGGUAAAUGCUGAAUCGUAAGAGAGGGAGAAGUAGGGGGGCUGUUUGAAAUAUUUCAAAAUGUACCUAAGUACGUCUUCAUUUUUGCCUUGUUCUUCCUCUUCCCCAACUUUGACUUUGAAAAAAUUAAAUGAUGUAAAUGAAGUCUAUCAGAAAUUGUGAGGUCAAUGACCCUAAAAAUCGUAAUAAAAAUUUCAGUUUUCAUGGUUCACACAUUCCCCUUCCCCCUAAAAUGGAUCUCAAAUCCAAAAAUUCGAAAAUAUUUUAUCGAAAAAAUACAUAAGUGAUACUCUCAUAAAAAUACCUACCUUUUCCCUCUUUAAAAAUAAAUAAUUGAUUCUUGUUGGUAUAGUUCAGAUGGACUUAGGUACCUAUUUCUCAUUUUCUUCUUGAAUCGAUUAACGAGUGGGAACUGAAAUAGAUCAAGAGCAAAUAUUUGAAAAGUAAUUCGUAUCAAAUGAGUGAGGGAUUUAUAUAUUUUUGACCAUCUGAUUCAAUUUUUAAAAUGAAAAUACUUUAUACGAAAACAAAGUAGGUAGGUAGAUACAUUUUAAAAUCCAAACCUUUGAAAUCCACAAAAUCCUCGGUCAAGAUAUGUAUACCUACUCAUAGGUAUUUAUUGUACCUGCCUACACCUCAAGGAAUCAAAUCAAAAUGCUGAAAACCGCCUCUACCCGAUCGAUUCGCAGGUUAAAAAUACUAAAAUAAAUUGAUACUUGUCAUCUGGUCUACCUGAGACAUACCCCAGCGAGGAAAAUAUACAGAAUGUAAACCGCAAAGCAAUUUCAACUAGAAAGCUACCUAACGUAUAUAGGUAUGUUAAAAGCUCGAGACUCGAGACAUAAAAAUUCCAAAAAUUAUUACAAAUCAUAAAACUACUAAAAUACCCAUAACGACGGUUACAAAAUCUCGCAAAAAAAUAUCUCCUACUAUGUAAAAUCGAUGAAAUUCUCAACUUCUCUGAAAACUACCAUCGUAAUAAAAAAACAUAAAUUGAAUGAAAUUUUUUCCAAAAAAAAAUCAACCGUAGAUAAAAAUGAAAAAAAAAACCAAGGGGGAGAAAGUUGGCAGAAUAAAAAAAGCCAAUAUCUACUAAAUACUAAUUUAAAAAAGACACAUAUUCCGAGGCAUCUCUUUAUCUUUGGCGGCCAUAUUUUCAUACGAUGGUGAUGAAAAUUUAUAUGCAUGUUUUAACACGUUAUCGUACGAGUAUAUGAAAAAUGAAUUUUUAUUCCAUAUCUGAAAAAUAAAAACUUUCUAUCGUUGAUUUUUUUCUCGCAUUUUUGAAGAAAUUAUACAUAUACCUACGAGUCGAUGAGACGCAGACGACCAUUUUAUAAGCUGAACAAUUCGUCGAAUUUUUUUCAAUUACUUAUUGUUUUGUUUUUUUUUUGUUCGGAGUUGUCGUUUUAUAUUUGUACCAAAAAAAAAAAAAAAACUGUACUCACCUAUUUUUCCCAAUCGACGUUGCUAAAAUAAAUUUGUAAUCGUUGUAUCGAAUUUUGUCAUUAUUAUUGUUUUAUAAUGUAUUAUAAUUUAAGACAUAAAUUUAAAUUAUACCACGUAAGUACGACCACGUUCCAACUUCUUUUCUCUUAAUUAUAAUUCAUACUCUAUCGACGAUUACGAUAACGAUGAAAUCUCGAUUAAAAUUUCAAUACUUACGCAGCAGUUCUCGUAGAUCUUCAUAUUGAACUCUAGAAAAUACCUACGAAAAUGGUGUUACGAGUUACCUCAAGCUUCAUUAACGAGUUUUCGUUCUCUUCUGUUAUAACGAUUAAUUUUUAAUUUCAUGUUGGAACUUUAACGUUAAGUUUAUAAUUACCAAAGAAAUCGAUGUGUAGAGAACAAAGUACAAAUUAUUCGAAUGAAUUAGUAAAUUAGCCUCGUGUGGAUUUUGAAUUCAAAAAAAUUAUAUAUUUUGUUGUGAAAAAAAAAUCCGAGCAUUGUUGAGAGUGCAUAAUUUAAACUAAGUACCUACGUAAUUUCGAAUACGAUAUUUUACGUUAGUUUAUAUUUUCUCGAUCGAUGUUGUAGCAUCAAUUAUUGAAAUAUAUUACUUUGAAAAUGUG